UAUGCCAGCCACAGAGUUGACAAAUUAUGGCUUUCAUGCCGAAUAUAACUCUUCUACUAGCGCUGAUGAACUUUUCGUUAAACAUAGUAUCCCAGAAUUACGUGCUCUCGAGAAAAGAACAAGAUCUGAUAUUGAGGAAAAAAAACAGGAAUUAAGGCUUAUGGUUGGUGAACGGUAUCGUGAUUUGAUCGAUGCGGCUGAUAGUAUAGUUAACAUGCGUCAUUGUGCUUUAUCCAUUCAAGAAGAAUUACAUCACAUGCAAGAUUCUUGUGAUGUUCAAGCUCUGAAACGCACUGUUAAAGCUCAAAUAAAUGAAGACAAGAAGGGAACAAAAGAUGAAAAGAAACAUCACCUAUAUUCAUCAGCUGCGCAAAUCAAAUUAUUGGUCGACGUUCCAGAGCAGAUUUGGCGAUCUUUAGAAAGCCAUAAAUAUUUAAAUGCUAGUCGUUUAUACCUUAUUGCCAAGUUGGUGUACAAAAAUCUUCAAGCUCACAAUGAAGAUUCUCCUUUUAAUGUGUCGGUGACAUUUCCGGUUGUUCAACGUCAAUGGGAUGCUGUUAGUCACUUUAAAGCUCAAAUCCUUCAAAAAGCCACACUGUAUCUAAAAGUCAUUGAACAAUCUGAACAGAGUCUGGCAGAAACACUUUGUGCAAUAAUGUUGUUGGACGAUGUAACAAAAAAAGAUGUAUUUCGUAAAUGUCUUGAUAUGCGAACAUCAGCAUUGAUACAAAUUUUAGCAAAUUCUGAAACAAAAGACACAAAAUCAAUGGUGGAACUGUUUAAGGAAAUGAUUCGUCUUAUUAGAGGCACUGUUUAUCAUGUUGGAUCUGUUUUCAUUAGCGCAGACAAUGAACAAUCACUAUUUGAAUCAUAUCUGCAUCAAUUACAGCAAGGAUUCACAGUUUAUGAGGAUUCAGCACAGCCAUCUCCCGCCUUGGUUUCACCACGUGAUUCAAAAGCUUCCUUAACCCGUCUGUAUUCUCCUUCAACAAAUAUACACCUACUUGUACGUUACCUUCCCGAAUCAAUUCAAACUUUUACUCCUUUUUUACAUGUGUCUGGUACUCGUGGUCAACUUUCUCAAGAAGAUAUUACAACGCGAAUGAAUUUAUGGAUAGAUCAAAUCAUUGAACAAUUUCAUGAAAAACUUGAUGCUUUGUUAUCAAAAGUACCUUGUGCAAAAGAGUUACAUGAAUUACGAAGAAUAAUUUGGGAAAUCUUAAAAGAGGAUGAAUGCGUUAAAUAUGAAGACCAAUCUUCGUCUAAAAAGUUUCCAAGCAACGUUCAUAGAACUAGUUUGGGGUUUGAAUUAAAUCUACAAAAGACAAUUUUGUCUUGGUAUCUUAUAUGUCAUCUUGUUUUUCACAAACCUUUUUCUAUUUGGAAUGAUUUAUUAAGGAAUGGUUUCAACAAACGAUUCAAAGACAUUAUAAUAUCAUCAUUUGCUGAAUUAUCUAACCAACCAGAGAAGUUGCUUAAAAACCGGCUGUACAAACUUAAAGAUCCUAAUAAUGAAGAACGGCAUCUUGGAAACUUUAUCUGGGCGCAUGGGUCCAUAUUUUUUAGUUCAAAGCCUCACGACAGUACUGAAUCAGUUUUCAAAAGUCGAAUAGAACUCCUUGUAUCUGGACAAACACCCUUUGUUAACGAUGCUAAAGUAGCAUUUGACAAAAAUUUAAAAUAUAUUAAGGAUGAUAUGGAACCAGUAUUUACUUUAUCGGAGAACCGCGUUAAUGAUUUAUUUCUAGAUAAAUCUGCUGGAGACGAUUUGUUUAAUGCCAAUAGUGAUACGGAGGAUUUGUCCAUGUUCUUUCAAGAAACAAUUGUAAGCUCUAUUACGUCUUAUUGCGAUCAACUUGAUAGUUUAUUGGAAGAGGUUGGUACAAAUGUUAAAAAUGAAGAUUCUCGAACUGUGGCAUCUACUGAACUACCCGUGCUUUUACAAUUAGUAUUCGUCAAAGAGAAAGCAAAUCAAUCCAAUAGUCGUCUUUCAUCGUCAUUAUUAGAUCCACGUUUAGUAAAUUUACGCCAGAUCUUAAUGGAUGUAUAUUUUACGGCUCACCAGCCAUGGAUUAAAUGGGUCACUUAUAAUGUGCAAACUGGUAUUUCUGAAAUGUUAUCUAAUACUCAUUGGGAUGAAACUGAUGUGCAAACAUUAGUUUGGGAAGAAGUAACUAUACAAAAUCCGGAGCAGAGCCAAGAAGGUAAUAAAAUGAGGUUGCCUUCACAGCCAUCAAACAUACUUAUGAAGUGCUUAUUUGAUAUUUGUCGAGAAAUAAAUCGUGUUGGCAGUCCAACGUUACAUGAAUUUGUUUCCGAUGCAGAUCAAUUCACAAAUGUUUCUGAAAAAAGUGCUAUACAAUUAUUAUAUGAUAUUAAAUUUUUGAAAAAAAUUUUUGAAUAUUGUUGGUCAUCGAAUAUGGUUAACAAUAAUGAUGAUAUUCAAGCAUGCAAGCAAAGAGAACAAAUGAUAAAUCAAAUUUUGGAAGCCAUUAGAUUUAAAAUUGAUCCAAUAGAUUUCGAAAUAUUUAAACCAUUUCUUGAUAAGAAUGUUGAAAGACAUUAUACUAGGAGUUCAAUUAUGUUAGGACUUUUAAUUCAAUUGAAUCCAAAGAUUACUGAUAUACGCCGUAAAGGAGUUGCACUUCAAGACUAUCAUAACAUAUUGGCUGUAGCACCACAAGCUGCCAGAUUUACUUUAUUACCAAUUGGUUAUAAA